AUGCCGUUCAAACGCAGCUUCAACACCGUCGGUGUUCACUGUGCCGGGGAAACUUGUGAUGUAGUCGUCGGAGGUGUUCGAGAUGUGCCCGGAAGAACCAUGUAUGAGAAAAUGAUGUACGUGUGGAAGAACAAUGACGAGCUUCGUAACCUUCUGCUCAACGAACCCCGCGGCUGCCCUGCCAUGUGUCACAACCUUCUUCUCCCUCCGUGCAAUCCCGAAGCCGACAUUGGGUUCAUCAUCAUGGAGCAUGAAGAAUACCCACCUAUGUCCGGAGCCAACACCAUCGCGACGGCUACAUGUCUCCUGGAGACUGGUAUAAUCCCCAUGGAAGAGCCGGAAACAGUCGUGAAGCUGGAUGCACCAGCUGGUUUGGUUACUGUAUAUGCCAACUGCAGCAACGGCAAAUGCAAGAGAGUCAGAUUUCACAACGUUCCGGCCUUUGCCUUUGCCCUUGAUAAGGAGAUCACGGUCCCAGGACUCGGUACUGUUAAGGUUGAUAUCGUUUACAGCGGCAUGAUCUUCGUUUUGGUAGAUGCUGCUUCCGUGGGGAUCAAGAUAAAGAGUUCGCAAGGAGCCAAUAUCGUUGAAGUUGGCGAGCGCAUCAAGCGUGCUAUGGCAGAGCAGACCGACCCGGUCCACCCUGAAAAUCCGCAAAUCCGCGGUGCCACCAUUCUGGAAUUUACAGACCCCGUUACAAACUAUAAAGACGGGAAAGCCUCACUUAACACAGUUGUUGUAUCGCCUGGACGACUUGAUCGGAGCCCUUGCGGCACUGGCACUUGCGCCCGGUUAGCAGCUCUCCAUGCAAGAGGCGAGUUAGCUGAUGGCGAGCCCCUCUACCAUUAUGGCAUUACUGGGACGGAGUUUAUCGGCCGUAUUCAUGGAACCACCAAGGUCGGAAAUUAUGAUGCCGUUUAUCCUUCUGUGACAGGCAGUGCUUGGAUUACAAGCUUCAAGCAGGUUGUUUUAGAUGCGACGGAUCCAUUCCCAGAGGGGUUGCGGGUUGGAGACGUGUGGAAAAUGGACUCUGAGGAAUGA